AUGAGUCUUCAUGGCCUUGGGGUGAUUGGGGCCCAGGUGGCCGCGUCCAUCAAGAGCAACGACGAGAAAAUCCCUACGCCGAAGAUACGAUCGCCUUCUGGAUCAGUGCAGUCGACCCCCAGAAUUGAGAUCGAGCAUACCCGCUCUCUGGACUAUGACCCGUCGAUCGGCGCUAAGCCAUAUUCGCCGUUUUACUCGCAUGGCACGCCCACGAUUUCCUACGAACAGCUCACCUUUGAGACAAAAAAUGCGAGUCGCAACCGCAGCGGGCUGCGAGAUCUUGAAAAUGCAGGACCCUACAGCUAUCGCAGUGACAGCCCUCGACGAUCCAAGCUAUGGGAAGGCAAUGUCAAGCCUCGGUCAUGCCUACAAUCUUUGAGUACCCGACAGCGCAUGAUAUUCAAGGCCAUCAUUGCCGUCGUCACUGUUGGGACAAUGAUCGCCAUUGCUUUGGGAAUUACUUAUGCAGUGGGUGGUGCUGUUUGGAAGUCCAGUGAUGAGCAAACGUCACUUGGAGGUUAA